AUGGCUGUUGGACCUAAACUUGCACUUGAGGACAGUGAACCUUUUGAUAAUCCAGCACUCUACAGAAGUACAGUGGGUGUACUGCAGUAUUUGACAUUGUCCAAACCUGACAUUUCUUACUCAGUAAAUAAGCUCAGUCAAUUCUUAAAAGCCCCUACACAACUGCACUGGCAGGCCUGUAAAAGGCUACUGAGAUAUCUUAAAAGCACCUCCAAUUAUGGCCUUCAAUUCUGUCCUAGUCAUAGGUUUAAUCUAAAGUGUUACACAGAUGCAGAUUGGGCCUGCAAUCCACUAGACAGAAGGUCAACUGGUGGCUGCUGUGUGUUUCUCGGGUCUAAUCUCAUUCAGUGGAAUUAA